AUGGAGUUUGCGCAUCGUACGUUGCUGCACGCCUCCAUCCCGGAAGUGGUUCGCAGGGAGUUCUUGAGCGACGUUGGACGGCGUUCCGUCUUCCGCAUCUGGCGCUACAGCCCUGGCGCCGGCUGCCGCCCGCACUACGACCCCGGCCUCUGCACAGCCCUCCUUCGGGCGUCUGCGCCAGGGCUGGAGGUGAAUCUGCAGGGAAAGUUGCCAUCGCGACCGGGGCGUCCGGGCGAUUACCGAUACGAUGAGAUGGGUGUAGAAAGCCUGAUUGAUGCGCUUCCCGGAUGGCAGGCCCCAACUCCCCUUGCCGCCGGAGACGACACGCUUGUCCUCUGCAGCAAUAUGGCCGGCGUCCUGUCAAACGGCGCCCUUUCGCCUGUGCUGCACCGUGUGCGGUCGGAUUGGGCUCAAGGGGGUGAGAAGGUGCGGUACAGUCUUGUGGUGGAGCUGAGGCCGAGUCAGCCCCGUCGCUGGUACAGUAUGAAUCAAGGGGUUGAAUGA